UUGGCCUGGUGUUGGUCCUGACUACUAAGCAGGAUUGUUUCAGCAGGGAUAAACGCUAUCUUAGACGAUGUCGCAACACGCGUGCGGAGGAAAGCUGCGUCAAGUCAGCCACAAUAAGGACUUGGUUUGAAAGACAGUAUUUGUGCACCCUGCACAUUACAUUGAGGUCAGGUGUAUCGAGCACCUGUUAGCUUUUCCACAUUUUCUGCAGGUGGCAAAAACCUUUAAAUAUCUUCAGUGAAAAGACCUUUCUCGCAGCCACGUGGUGUAAGCCCACACAGAGCAGCUUGCAUUGAAUGGAGAACAUACUGGUCCUGCUCCCAAAACACCGACAGGAACACGGGGUGUGCAGACGAACGGAUGCAUGCAUCUUGUUAUAUUUAUUCCCCAAAGAGCAAUUUCCAUUUGGCAUUUUAGUAGUAGUCAUCACACCCUGUCCACAUUUUUAAUGGGAUAAAUUACUUAGACUGAUCAGGAUCAAAACGAGGUCAGGUGAUCCAGUGACUUCUUUAGAAAAGUUAGGCAGAAUUAGUCUAUAUUUUCUUUUCAAGGCCAUUGUCUUCCAAAGGCUUCCGUAUGGUACUUUGGUCAAAAGAACAAGAGAAAUUGCCCGACAUCAAGAUGUCCUCCGGGGCCAUCGAGGUGAAGAAAGAUGGAGGGCGUCUUUCACCAGCCUUCCUCAACUCCAACUCCACUCUCCACCCGGUGAUCCUCACCCAGGGGCCUGAGGAAGGGAGCACAGAAACUGGAAGUCAGUUUGAGCUUAAAGAGGUCACAUCUUUAACAGAAAUGGCCAAUGAAACGCCGGAGAAUGAAGAAAGGUUGGAGAUUGUUGCAGUGAUGGACUGCCGGGCUAAUGCCAAAGGCCAGCGUGAGGAGGACGCACUAUUGGAGAAUGCAAGCCAGAAUGAGAGUGAUGACAUCAGUAAUGACCACCGCCCUGAACCACCGGCACCCCUCAAAGAAACCUCCUUCUCAAUUGGUCUGCAGGUGGUUUUCCCAUUCCUCCUCGCCGGCUUUGGGACAGUGGCAGCAGGAAUGGUGCUUGACAUUGUUCAGCACUGGACUGUGUUUACGGAGGUCUCAGAGGUGUUCAUCCUUGUUCCCGCACUACUGGGGCUCAAAGGGAACCUGGAGAUGACACUGGCGUCUAGACUUUCCACAGCAGCUAAUAUUGGUCUGAUGGACACGAACAAGGACAUGUGGAACAUGAUCAUGGGGAACUUGGCUCUCAUCCAGGUCCAAGCCACAGUCGUUGGGUUCCUGGCCUCCAUUGCUGCUGUGAUCUUCGGUUGGAUUCCAGAGGGCCACUUUAGACUGGGGCAUGCAGUGCUGCUUUGUGCCUCCAGUGUCGCCACUGCCUUUAUUGCGUCUUUGCUACUAGGACUGAUCAUGAUUGGUGUGAUUCUUGCAUCCAGGAAAGUUGGCAUCAACCCAGAUAAUGUGGCCACACCUAUUGCUGCUAGCCUAGGAGACCUCAUCACCCUGUCCUUACUGGCCGGCAUAUCAACAGGACUGUACAAGGAACUCGAUUACAACAACUAUGCCAAUCCUCUGGUAUGCGCGGUGUUUGUGGCAUUGUGUCCAAUAUGGGUGCUGAUAGCCAGGAAGAUCCCAUCUACUAGGGAGGUCCUUUACUCGGGAUGGGAGCCGGUCAUCAUCGCAAUGGCCAUCAGCAGUGUCGGUGGCCUUAUUCUUGACAAGACCGUUACCAACCCAAACUUUGCUGGCAUGGCAGUCUUCACUCCAGUAAUCAACGGGGUGGGUGGGAAUCUGGUUGCAGUUCAGGCUAGUCGAAUCUCCACCUACCUGCAUAUGAAUGGGAUACCGAUGGGGGAUCCAAACCCCACGUCGAGGAACAGGAAGUGUCCCACACCCUGCUCCACUUUCUUCACCUCCACUGUGAACUCCCGUUCUGCACGUGUGCUCUUUCUCCUGGUGGCCCCGGGUCACCUUGUCUUCCUCUACACCAUCAACUCCCUGAGGGGGGGACACACCACUCUAACCCCUGUCUUCAUCACCUUCUACCUGGGAGCUGCACUGCUGCAGGUGAUUAUCCUGCUGUACUUAGCGGACUGGAUGGUCCACUGGAUGUGGGGUAGAGGGAUGGACCCCGACAACUUCUCUAUUCCCUACCUGACUGCUUUGGGUGACCUGCUGGGAACCGGCUUCCUUGCCCUCUGUUUCCACGUGCGCUUCUUCAUUGGUGACAGAGACUCCAAUUUGGGAAACUGAUUGCAUGUGUCAGCAAAAUAAUUCUUUUGCACGCAUGGACAUUUUAUUACAACUGGAUGUUUCCUUUGAAAGGGCUAAUCCCUCGUAGGGUUCUGAUUGGAGCUAUAGUGCUCUAGUUGACAAUGAAAACUGGGUGCACUAUAGUCUGUUUUCAUGUGCAAACAUUGUAAACUAUUUUUGUCUUAUCCUGCCCCACGGAUUUUUUUUUUUUUGAUAACAGACAGAGUCCCAUCUCUGUUAUUAUUGUACGAUUGUAAAUGAUUAUUAUUAUCAGAAAAUAAUCCAUUUGAUGUAGAUUGAUAUCAAUUCAAUUUUGAAUGGCUAUUUCUCAUUAUUUUAAAUGGGGAAACUUGCCAGGAAAUCCAUUUUUACAUGAUGAACUUGCAACAAAUCCAAGAAAAUGAGCAGAAAAAUAAACAUUAACAAGCCUACACUAUAUUCGUUCAUCACCAAGUGGUUUGUCUAGAAAUUCCAUGAAAUCAUUGAAAUGCAUUUGUAUCGGCAUGCUUUAGAGGAGUGCAAAUAGCCACAUCAAGCUAGCUGUAGCUCAGUUUUCCCUUCAUCUAAUGACAGCAGACUUAUGCACUUUUACCACAGGAUGGAACCAGAAAUAUAGCAAUUGAAAGUUUCUUCCACAACACACACAAAAAAUCAUUGUUUAAUUCUGCUUUAUAAAAAUGGAAGGUCAGUCUGUAGGAUCAGUCAGUAAGAAUGUUUGAACCUGUUGGUUGGCUGUUAUCAAAACAACAGACCACAUAAUCCUCCUUGUCCUGACAUUGCAAAAUUUACUGUUUCUGACUGAAUGCGCAAAUCAAAUUAUGAAACUAGUGCUUGAUUCCAAUUAGUCUUUGAUGUAAAGACAACGCACUGAAAUGACAAAGUAUUGUACAAAGAUACCUGUAGCCAUUACGGUUCUGUACCACUUUCAAAACAUUCUGCUAAUUGUGUACUAAAGCAGACUAAUUAAUUAUGUGAUGCAGGUCAACCCUUUAGCCAUAAAAAAAGAGGCUGAAGAAACUUGCGCAGUUUAGUUCAAUGAACAUUAGUGUAUUCUCUAUAUUUUGGAUAAUUUGUCAGUCAUUUGUUAUUAUCGUCACUGGGACCUGGAAUCAUUAGAUAAAACAGCACCAAAGACUCACCUUCAGUCCUCAUAGAGCUGAUUUCAAAUCGCCGGUUCCAGGAAGUUCACAUAGAAGAACACAUAGCAUCUAUGUUGAUUUCAACUAUAAUAUUUAAUUGAAGUUUUAUAUCGUGCUUUUUUUUUGUCACAGAGGGGUUUUUUUUGUUUGUUUUUUUAAUGUACUUGAUGAAGUUGGGACAUUUUUCCACAUAAACAUGAACACAAAAUCAUAAAGUCUCAUUUGGCCUUUCUCACAUUUGAAAAAAAAUGGCUGCACUGCAUAUAUGUGCAGAAUAAAGUGGCACACACAGAGUGUAGGUAAGAUGUUUAGGAGCUUGGAUUUGGUAAAUCACUUUACGUUAAAUGUUGGUUCCAUUAAAUAUUUAAUUGUUUGCAUACAAUAUCAUCACAAAUUCCUGUGUAACUUCUCUUAUGACACACAACUGCAUACUAACUCCCUUUUGCCAUGAUGUGCUUUACUCAAGGAUCCCAUCCAUCCCAAGACUGAAAAUCAUGACCCAUAACUGGAACAUUUGGAUUAAAAAAAAAAAGAAAGAAAAUCUUAACUGAAUUUAAAUUUUCCUGAUAAAAAUUUGCCCAACAACAGCCCUUGCUUUUUAUGUCAUCCUGUUUUUGUCAUAGUGUAAGCCAAGUGAAAGAUGAAAUACAAUUUCUUUAUGAUAAUGCAAAGUGUUAUUUUGACCAAUUGAAAUAAGUCCAAAUAUGCGGGAUGCUUGAAUUAUUUGCCACUUGUCGGACCUCUGUGUUAUCUCAACGGGGCCAGAAGAAUACAUGUGCAGUGCACAUCCUAUGAAUGUGAACAUACAGUAUACGUAGUAUGUAUUAGUGAGAUGUUGUCUGUCAAUCUUUUAUUUUUGUUUUGAAUGGUUUUCUGGAGAAAGUUCAAGUCAUGUUAAGAUUGUGACCUCCCCCAAUUACCGAAGGAAAGAACAACCCUCUGUAAAGGAGUCAUUUCUCCAAGGCGGGCCAUGAUAUAGAGUACUGCAAUUUGCUAAAUUGACACUAGAGAGCGCCAGAGAUAUCCUUUGAUGUAUUAUGUUUAUCUUGGUUCAAAUCCACCUUGGGAGUCAUAAUAUUGUUAUUUCUAAUAUUUUUCUUUGCGGGGGUUCUUUUCUUUUGUUAGAAGUCAUAUCCAUACAUCUGUUAACUCAUUUCUCUUUUUGCUCAACCUCCUUACAGACCAGGUGCCAGCCUUCUGUUCUAAGUUAAUGGAAAGUUGUGAAUACUUCUAUAAGAGGCCAGAUAAUGGUUUAUUUAUUUGUAGAAGCACACAAAGCAAUUUGUACAUACUAUAUUUAUUCUAUAUAUGAGGCUGUUUUUUGUGUCCUUUCAUUGUGGCUCUGUUACUUUGUCACUCGUGUGAAUGGUGUUUGCUUCUUUUUUUUUAUUUUUAACUGUAUUUUUUUGCAAAUGGCCAGUAGUAAUUUUUUCGUUUGUUGCUUGCCACAAUGGUGGUGAAUUGUUGCAUGGUGCCUAAUAAUGACAUAGAACGGCCUUAACCUCUGCGAGCCAAGCUCAAUUCAGCGUAACCAAUCAACAGCUUGGUAGCACCUUAAAUUAGCGCUAAUUAACAAAUGAUUUACAACAUCUUGAUUGUGCUAUGCAAUGUAAUAAAAUACUGUAACUUAGUGUGAUGACGCUGUGAUGGAGGACUGGAAGAUUUGGGUACACACUUGAGUUCACUUGUACAGUAUGUGCAAACACCUCUGCAGUUUGGGUACAACUGCCUGGGACAAAGAUCAGCAUAAACAAAACUGUCAAACACCACAAACUGUGCAGUGUUAUAAGUAAUUGUAGAUUGUUGUGCAAUCUGAAAUACCCAACCAAAACCCACAUACUGCCUUUUUAACCUCAAUGCUUUAACCCUUGAAAGCAAAAGGAACCAGACAGGUUCUCAGGCUAUCAGUAUUCACAUUAAACCAUGAACAGCAUUUCCGGUCAUAUUUUCUGCACAAUGCAUAAUAAUGAAAAAUAAUCAUGAUAAUGUUCAAAAGCAUGUGUGGUCGCACCAGGUCGGAAGAUUGUUGGUUCAUUGUCUGUUCUUUCUUGAUUUGCUGGGAAUAAAAGACAAUUGUUUGAUACCAGUCAACUGUGGUAUUAUCUUGUGUUUUCUAACGUGCAUGUAUCAUGUUCAUAUAAUUGGAUCAGCAAUCGUAAAGACCCAACCCAUUGAAUUUGCUUGGAAAAUACAUUUUACUGAAUUAUUGGCAGUUGCCAUCCAUCGAAAGGUAAUAAUUGCUGUUUACUGCUGGUGUCUGAAAUAAAGUUUCAUGAUUAACAACAUGGCGGAAGGGUGGAGCAACUGGUUAGAGCGUUAGCCUUGCAGUUCUGAGGACCCGGACUCCCCCUGUGUGGAGUUUGCAUGUUCUUCCUGUUCAUGCGUUUCUCCGGGCCCUCCCGUGCAUUAAUGCCCUUAGGUGUGACUGUUGUUUGUCUCUUUGUGCCCCUUGAUUGGCUGGCAACCAGCUCAGGAUGUACUCCGCCUCCUGUCCAAUGAUAGCUGGGAUAGGCUCCAGAACUCCCGCGAUGCUUGUGAGGAGAAGCGGUUCAGCAAAUGGAUGGAUGGAUUUGCAUCAUGCUCUGUGAUACUAAUUAUUUCCUUCUGGGGGAGUGGUGGUCAGUUUCCCCCUUUGUUUUGCUUCUUUUAUAAACUCCAUCGUUUCACUCAAGCUUUCUUUACCAUUAAUGCCACUGGAGCAAGCCUCGUUAUGUUGUUGCAAUCAGAAGGAUCUGUGUGUUGAAGUGUCAGGAUGAGGCAGCCAUUAAAUGGUGUUAUUUCUGAGAAUAUGUAUGAAUUUGUGAAUGGGUUGGCAUUAUUGCAUGUCUUUACUGUUAUAAUAAUUCUGCAUAAAGAAAAAGUGUAAUGGCUUCAAUGAUUAGUCAGGAUCAUUUAUGCAUUUGUAUCCAGAGUUGGAAGGGCCACAAAUGAAUUGUGUGGCUAAUACAAUUUUUUAGAGAAGCUGUUUACAGUGAAGAAAAUAAGUAUUUGAACACUGCUAUAUUGCAAGUUCGCCCACUUAGAA